AUGUAAAUAAAACAAAUUGGCGCCAAACAACAACAUCAACUACAAUCUUUGCAUGUACAUGCGCCGAUGGCAUACCAGAACCAUAUGUUGUUGACAUUUAUUUUCCUCUAUAGUAAUAAAGUGUACAUAAAAGUUUUACUCCUGUGUUUCAGCAGUUCUGAAAUAAACUAGAAUUUAGUGUAAAACCGUUUGCGCUCGAUAGUAAACGUUUUCCGUAAUUGACGGCUAUUGAUUUCUUCCAAAUAUACAAAAUAUAUGUGAAAUAAAUUUUUCUUCCAACCAAAAGUAAGUAAACAACAUGCAAGUGGAGUGCAACUCAACGCAAGCAGCAACGAAUGAGUCGCCUGCUGGUGCCAGCACAAGCGCAACAGUUGGGACAUCAGGUGCAUCAGCAAAAUGUAUAACAACUACUAACGUAAACAAAAGUAGUAAACAGCAACGUGGUGCUCUGAAAGAUGUUGGUAUCUUAAAGCGUGAGGAUUUCGAUGGCGGGCCCGUGAGCUUGGAUGAAAUCGUUUGUGGGCUGUAUUUGGGUAAUCUAACCGCUGCUACACAUAUGAUGACAUUGAAGAUUUAUAGAAUUACGCAUAUACUUACAUUGGAUUCAGUGCCAUUACCACAACAUAUAACAGAGGCGAGCUUCCUAACAACCAAAUAUGUUCAAAUUUCCGACAUGAAAAAGGAGGAUAUCCUACACCAUUUAGAUAGCUGCACGGAAUUCAUAGAAAGUGCGCUGGCACAAGAAGGCAAUGUCCUGGUGCAUUGCUACUACGGUGUCAGUCGCAGUUCUGCUGCCGUAAUAGCUUUCAUUAUGAAAAGUCGGCAUUUAGAUUAUCAAGCUGCCUUUGAAAUGGUGCGCAAAAGGCGUCGUUUCGUACAACCCAACAUCGGUUUCGUAUACCAAUUGAAGCUCUACGGUUCGAUGGGUUGCAAAAUCGAUACACAAUAUCAGCCAUACAAAAUUUAUCGCUUACGCUUGGCGGGCGAUCAAGUGCUCAAAGCCAAAAUAUUACCUCAAUCCUUUAAUUCACUAAUCCAAGCGGAUCCGGCUGUGACGCAGGAGAAUCCUGAACCCAUUGUUUAUCGCUGUCGCAAAUGCCGACGUGUUUUGGCCUCGAAAGCACAUAUAUUGCAGCACGACAACAGAUCGCUCAUCACACAGACGCCACCAAAAGCAAGCGGCAGUAAUAUUGCUAGCAAUAAUGGUACUACCGCGCCGCAGGCGUCGCGGCUGCUCGAAAAGAUUGCCGUAGAGAUACUAAAAACUUACACACCCACCGACACAGAAUCACAAUCGUUGGUUUGCCGCAAUAUAAUAUUUGUAGAGCCCAUCGCCUGGAUGCGCAACAUUACGCACAACACGCAGGGACGCUUGAAUUGUCCGAAAUGCGAACAGAAGGUGGGCAAUUUCAGUUGGAUCAACGGCUGUCAGUGCCCAUGUGGCGAAGUAGUGACGCCGGCCUUCUACCUGAUACCGUCACGUGUGGAACUCUCGAAAGCUGUGCAAAAUGUGCAGACGACGCUUUAGAUGGUUUAGCCGGAGGAGAGUGAAGAUUAGGAGGAGUUGUUUAUGAGCAUGCUAAGCGUUUAGAAACAAAAGUUUUAUAAACUCUGAAGGGAAAUAAACUCUUAGUAGUAAAUGUAUGUGGGAACUAUUACAAAUAAAUUCACGAUUUUUAUGAAUCUUAUUGUAAAAAUCAAAGAAAAAAGCUUCCAUUGCCUUUUGCAAAAUGAAAUUGAAAUCAAAAGCAAAAAAAC